AUGGUAGUGACGCAAGUUGCAAUUGCUGGAAUGGUCAUCUUAUAUAAAAUGACAAUCGCUACUGGAAUGAAUUUGCGGAUCCUCAUCGCCUAUCGCAUGGCUGUUGCUGCAAUCUCCAUGGCUCCUCUCCCAUUCAUCUUUGGCAGAAAAUCCAGACCAAAGAUCACUUGGGUUGUAAUUUUCCAAGCCUUCUUGUGUGGCUUAUUUGGGGGAACAUUGUUUCAAAAUUUAUACUUUCAAAGCAUAAUCUUAAAAUCUGCCACAUUCGCUGCCGCGUUGAUGAAUCUCAAUCCUGCUUUUACCUACAUAUUUGCCAUCACCUUCAGAAUGGAAAAGUUGGGGUUGAAAAGAGUGUCAGGGAAGGCAAAGUUGUUAGGGACAUUAUUUGGUAUAGCUGGUGCAAUGGUUUUUGCAUUCUAUAAAGGCGCAAAUAUUCAUGUCCCAUCAAUACAUAUCGACCUUUUGGAUCAUAAUCACCAACAUAGCCAUGUUGCACGACUCCACACAAAUUCAAAAUCCCAAGCUCUUGGGAUUUUGUCUUGUUUUGGUGUUUGCUUGUCUUUUGCAAGUUGGUUGAUCGUUCAGGGUAAAAUGAGCAAAAGAUUACCGUGUGUUUACACAGUCAUUGCUUUACAGAAUGCAAUGGCUGCAAUUCAAUCUAUUGUUCUUGCUUUGUGCCUGGAAAGAAAUUGGAGUAAUUGGUGUUUGAAAUGGGACAUUGGAUUGCUUACGAUUGUCUAUUCAGGUACCGUGAAUUCUGGGUUAGUCCUGACACUCAUGGCAUGGUGUGGGGACUUGAAAGGUCCUUUGUUCGUGGCGAUUUUCUUUCCUCUUUCUUUCCUACUAGUAGCCAAUGCAAAUGACAGCAUAAUAGGAGCAGUGUUGAUUGUGAUCGGAUUAUACAUGAUAUUGUGGGGAAAAAAGAAGGAAACUAAGGAGAAUAAAGUACAUUUGCAAUCACAAGCUCAUGAGUCUGACUCCGUGAUUGAGAUUGUAACUGAAGACCAGUUAAGUUCAACCAUUACCACAAAUGGAGACUCUAAUAAGGCACAAACUAGUUGCUAA